CCCUAUUAACCUUUUGUUGGUUCACAACCACCCCAAAUCUUUAUAUUUUAAGCACGUCAUUACGAACCACUUUCGUCAUGGUGCAUAACACAAGAACCCAAAAACUUCUAGGAACAUGGUAGUCAAGGUAUAUGGUCCGAUACAAGCGGCUUGUCCACAAAGAGUAUUGGCUUGUCUUUUCGAGUUCGGGGUUGACUUUGAGCUUAUCACCGUUGACUUAGACUCCAACGAGCAUAAACAACCCGAUUUUCUACAAAAACAGCCUUUUGGACAAGUGCCAGUUGUUGAGGAUGGUGAAUUUCGGCUUUUUGAAUCAAGGGCGAUCAUAAGGUAUUAUGCAACAAAAUAUGGUGACAAAAAUCGAAACCUUUAUGGAACCACAUUAGAAGAGAAAGCCUUAGUUGACCAAUGGCUAGAAGUGGAAGCACACCACUUCAAUGACAUGGUUUACACCAUUGUUCUUCAAAAACUAGUCAUCCCAAAGAUGGGUGGGAGAACUGACUUUGAUCUGGUUCAUAACUGUGAGAAAAAGCUUGAACAAGUGUUUGAUAUUUACGAACAACGGCUAUCGAAGAACAACUACCUAGCCGGAAACUGGUUCACCCUUGCUGACUUGAGCCACCUUCCUGGGAUUAGGUACUUGAUGAAUGAAUGUGAGCUUGGCCACUUGGUGAGAGACAGGAAGAAAGUGAACCUGUGGUGGGAUGAUAUUUCAAACAGACCAGCUUGGAAGAAAGUUAUGCAAAUGUUUAAUGGGCAAGGUUAAUGUGUAGUUCAUAAUACUUCUCUUGGUGGCUCAUAAACCUUUCUUGUUGGAUGAUUAAUUUCUGUCAUUUUAAUGUUUUGUGAAAGGAAAAUAAAUGUUGUAUGUAUUCACAAUA